CUCCUCAAAAUUUCUAGCAGCAUUUGGUUUGGCCUGUCUGAUUGAAUGUGAGAUUUUAAAUUGAGGAUUAAAAGUGCAGUUAAAUCGAAUUAAUAAACUUAGUUUUGUAUUUGGUGUUGGUGUAACGAAUCACGAACUGUCUCUGAACUCUAGUUCUAACCAAGACUUCAUUACACCGAGUGAUUGAUUUCAAAGAAGAUAGCCAUGAGUAAUCCAGUGAAGAAAGUUCCGAUUCACCUACAGAGUGCUCAAAAUAGGCUUCUUAUCAAAAAUGGAAAAAUUGUGAAUGCUGAUGAAAUAAUCGAUAACGAUGUUUACAUUGAAGAUGGUGUCAUCAAGCAAAUUGGGCGCAACCUCAUCAUUCCUGGAGGUACCCGAACUAUCGAUGCCAGGGGAAUGUUACUUCUACCUGGUGGUAUUGAUCCCCACACACAUCUUGAGUUAGAACUAAUGGGGGCGACGUCUGUCGAUGACUUCUACCAAGGCACCAAAGCUGCAAUUGCUGGAGGAACCACGAUGAUAAUUGACUUUGCACUUCCACAAAGAGGGGAGUCUCUUGUUGAAACAUACAACAACUAUAGACAAAAAGCCGAUGAAAAGGUUUGCUGCGACUACGCUCUACAUGUUGGGGUCACAUGGUGGUCUGAGCAGGUGAGCAAGGAAAUGGAGGAGAUAGUGAAGAACGGAGUGAACUCAUUCAAGGUGUUCAUGGCAUAUAAGGACAUCUACAUGCUGAAGGACUCAGAGCUGUACGAGGUGUUUGCCCGGGUGAAAGAGCUGGGCGGAGUAGCGAUGGUACAUGCUGAGAACGGUGAUAUUGUCGCUCAGAACACCAAGAGGUUGUUAGAGAAAGGCGUAACUGGACCUGAGGGUCAUGAACUUUCCCGUCCUGAAGACGUAGAAGCUGAAGCCACCAACCGCGCUGCGAUGAUUGCUAAUCAGGUGGGAUGUCCGUUGUAUGUCGUGCAUGUGAUGAGUGAGUCUGCUGCGUCCACUGUUGCGAAGCUGCGAGAAGGCAGGGAAACACUGCUGUUUGGAGAGACGCUGGCUGCUGCGCUGGGAACUACUCAGCCAGAGCCGGGAUGUUGCUGGGAACAUGCAGCAGCUCAUGUGCUCAGUCCUCCUCUGCGACCCAAGAAGUCUACCCCUGAGACUCUUAUGAAGUUUUUGGCUGACGAUGGUUUACAACUGACUGGUAGUGACAACUGCACUUUUUCAACAGAGCAGAAGAAACUUGGUCUUGGGGACUUCUCAAAGAUCCCCAACGGUGUUAAUGGGGUUGAGGACCGCAUGUCUGUGGUGUGGGAAAAAGGAGUCGAGACAGGAAUUAUUGAUCCUUGUCGCUUUGUAGCAAUCACUAGCACCAACGCUGCCAAGAUUUUUAACAUUUAUCCGAGAAAGGGUUGCAUAGCUGUUGGAUCUGAUGCCGACAUUGUUGUAUGGAACCGCCACAAAACAAGGGUGAUUUCUGCCAAAACUCACCAUCAAGCAUUGGACACUAAUAUUUUUGAGGGCAUGGAGGUCCAUGGAGUGCCUGAAUAUGUGAUUGUCAAUGGUCGAGUGUGUGUGGACGAGGGAGAUCUUAAAGCAGUCCAAGGUUAUGGCCGUUUUGUCCCGACAAAUGUUUUUCCUCCCAUGAUCUAUGUUGAAGAAGCUGCUGCCGCUGCGGCCGCCGCUGUUAAGGCAGAGAUGGAGAACCACGCUGUGACAGAGAAUGGCCGUAGUUCCCGAGCCAGUGUCAACGGAGACUCGGCCAGUGUCCGUGGUCGCUCUCCGGCUAUGAGCUGUUCUGCAUCUGUGUUUGGGGAUGACAAUCCAGCUCCGUUCCACUCUGGCAAGGGUAUGAGGCAGGAAGGCCAGCGCAAUCUGCAAGAUUCCACAUUUUCUAUAUCGGCGGAGCUAGAUGACUCAGGCCGCCGAUCCUGUAUCCGAGUGAAAAACCCACCAGGGGGUAUGUCGUCCGGGGGUUUCUGGUAAAUGACCCUCCACACUUCACAUCACAUUUCAUAUCUAUAUACUGUACUCUGCUUGACACCGCAUAGUUAACAUCAUUUUCUUUCAAUCGCAGUUUAGUGAACUAGGUAUGAUGUAAUGCCAAAGUAAUCUAAUAUUUUGAACUGUAACAAGGGUUGACAAGGGUCUUUCCCGCAUUUUAUACCCGUUGAUUUGUUGACAAUUUUGUUUCUUUGUUAAUGUAUCGAUAAGUCGUUAUUAACUCGUAUUUGAUAUGUGUUAAGCUUGCUUUUACGUGAUAACUGUUAUAAGAGCACUGGUUUAUCAGACUUCAUGUUAAUUUGCACAAUUCUGAACCAUUUCUGUAUGAUUUUACACCAACGUGAACUAUUUUCUUAAACAAUUCAUAUUAAUAAUAUUAGUAUGUAUGUAUAUUAUACAUUACUUGGUUUUGCCACUUUGAACUAUAAACUCCUUUUUAAUGUUUCCAACCCUCCAAUUGCCAUAUAAAACAAAUUAAUUUAUUUUGAGGAUAUCUCAACCUCAAAAACAAUAAAAUAAACUAAUGUACAAUUGAGAGACAUUUUAUACAUAAAAAAGAUUACACUUUCCCAAUAACAGAUUUGUAUACAUUUUUUAUGCAUUGGUUUUUCAUACAUUCACAUUUUAUUUCUUUUAAAUUUUACCAAUAGAGAAUUUUAAACAAAUGGUUCAGCAUUGUUUCAUUACUGCUAAAAACCUUAGUGUAUCCCUCGCCUAGGAACAAGUUACUCAUGAACAUUUAACACUGCCAUUUUAAUGUUGUUUGCAGUAGUUUAAAUAUUUAAUGACUUACUUAAAAUUGAAAUACUUAUCAUCUUUGUAUUAUGUCCACAGAUCUAUUGAUCUUUUAAAACAGUAUUUACAACAAAUGUUGGUAUAUCAAUGAGUUAAAUAGCUCUAGAUUUGUAAAUUUAAGUUAUAUUUGAGUCAAUUGUCUUCCAUAACCUGGCCAAGACAAUAUGUUAUUUUAAAGUUAAAUUUUACGAAGGCGCACAUUAAAACUCUUUAUGAAAUAAAUAAUUUAAAACAAAAAAAACAAUGUCUGUUCUAAAAAGCAAUGCCUGCAAAAAGCAAAAUAACCUGUAACCUGUUGCAAAUAAAAGCUUAAAAAUGGGAGAAGUAUUGUUUUUAGUAAUUAUUCUUUCAAAUAGUGCAAUGUUAAUUGCAGUAUGAAAAAAGUGCAUUAUGUUAUCUUGUAAAUCUGUGUUUAAAAUUUGUAUUUUACAAAACAAUAAAUAUAUAAAUUAAAUCUUACUGUUAAUUGUUAGCAUUAUGAAUAUUGUUGCUUUCUUAGAUGUCUAAAUAAAAACUUGUUGUGGAAUACGUUAGUGUUCCUUAACAUUUUGUGCUGCCAUUACUAGGUGUGCUCUGCUUUCUUAUGCUUCAUUGUAUAAUCUUUAACAAUUAAAGUUGCUAUUUUAAAAGUAACAAAUAGCAUCAGCCUUAAAAGAAACAGUUUACAGAUUUGAUUUAUGUAAUAAAUACUCGUAUUACAGGGUGUCUAUAGGUCAGCAAAGUCAUUAGAAGUCAAACUUGUUUUAGGAUGAGUUUUAUCCAACCCUCUUUACUAAAGUAAAGAAUAGUAUAUUUGAUUACCAUUACUAAAAGUGGCUUUUUUGCAAUUUGUGAGAUUUUCCAGCUUGUCUCGUACAAACAAAGGAGCAGUGCCGGAAAAGCACUAUUGGUUCAAGUCAUGAACAAAACGUUUCAUCACAACACAAAAAUUAGGUAAUACUUGUUUCUUUUUGCAUUCAAAUUGUUGACAAAAAUCAUAUAAUUGUAAUUGUUAAUAUGCUUAGAAUUGAACAUACACUUUAUUUGAUUUGAAGUGGGCAAACAAAAAGGUUAUUAGGAUCAAGGGAAAAUGGUGACAAAUUUUUGUUUAUCAACAAUCUCUCUCUCUUCAUUCAUGCAUAUUUCUCAAAACAAGCCCAGCUGUGUCACUUUUCAAUAAUAAACCAAACAAUUUAAAUUAAACUAUAAAUUGUAUAGUUGUUUAAAGCAACCCCCUUUGAUCGUUAAAAUUUUAUUUGAGUUCAUAAUAAAAAUAUACAAGUAUUAUUUGCCUAUUUAAGUUUUCUUAUUUCACACACUAGUGGAAAAAUCGUCCAAACCAAUGAAUCCCGAUUUUUCGUCCCUUAGCUGGUAGAUACCCUGUUUUAACAUACCUUUUGCUAAAAUGCUUUUUAUACUAUAGCUUGCGUAAUUUACAAUAUAAUAUCAUGUUAAACAUUAAUUUGCAAUAAAUUAACAUAAUUUUACUAAUAUUUAUCAAAGUACAAAAAAAAAUCUCGAUGACCAAAAAUGAUAUAGCUCAAUUUUUGUUUGAUCAAAUUCUAGUCAAUGAAGCAAUGGUUGUUUUUUUCAGCACAUUGGCAGCGUUUACUUAGUAUUGUUAUGAUUCAUGGGUUGUUUAAUUUGUAUCAUUUAACAAUAAGUGGUUAAAUAAUUCAUUAAAGGCUAUAGAAGUUGUUUUGAUGCUGUAUCAUAUUGUGCGUAAUCACAUACAUUUGGUUGGAAUUGUACAUUAUUCUUAAACAAUCAAGUAUUAAGGAAAUUUGUUGAUAAGCUAAACAAAAACAAAAUUUUUCUGUAAAACCCGUUAUGGAUUAUUUUUAGUAACUAGUUUUUGGUUAUGUCAUUUUCAUUUAUUGUAUCGUAUUAUUUAUUCCAUUUCUAAACUCAUUUACAUUUAGCUUGUUUUUAAGGUAGUAAAUCGUGAGUAAACUUGUAGAACCAAAGAAAUGGGUUACCAAUGAGCACAAACUUCAAAACUUCUAGUUCUAGUCACUUUUGUCUUACACUUCUUAUUUAUACAUUGAAGUUUUGUUGAAAUGCUAGUUAGACCCAUUCGAUACUAACACAGAAACAUAAAAUAGUAGGCAACACUUGUAUACAAUAAAAAAAUACCUUUUAUGGUUUGUCUUUGAUCAAAAUCUUAGCCCUUUUUUUCUUUAAAAUAUUAAAACACUCUUGUAUUGUAAAACAUUAAAUUAAGUUAGGUCGGAAAUGAACAAUGCUUUAUUUAAACUACCGGUGUUGUAGUUGAUAACUAAUAUUCAAUGUGUCGGAUUCAUGAAUAGCAAUAUGGUGGUAUACAUCACACAUAUUUCGUUUUUACCUCUUUGUAACAAUAAUGUUGAUUUAUGAUUUUGUAGCUUAGAGUUGGCGUGAAAUGUUUUGUGAUACUACACUAAGACUUGUGAAACAUCUAUGUUGGUCGCUUGUUUGGUGUUUGUCAGUUCAGUAUAUUUUAUAUUCCAUUUAUCGGAUCGUUUCAAGUUAUACGUUACUUGUUUGACAAAGAAUACUGUUAAGAUUAUAUUUAGUUAAGAGUACAAAAUUUAUAAAAAUAAUAGUUAUGAUAAGUUAUUGUUUGGCACGAGUAUGUGGGUCGCACGAUGCGUUGGUAAGCUGCAGUAAUGUUAGAUAUUUGUUAUGUAAGUUUGAUUUACCACCUUAUAUCGAUGGAGCGCUUAUUUUGAGGUUGAGGAUUGUGACUUGUAACUCGAUGUUAUUUUAUUAUUUGAUAUACAAGUUAAUGUGGGAGGCUUUGGCCUUCGAGUAGUUAGCCAGAUGUUUACUGUACUCUAUUUAUAUUUAUUACCUCUUUUGAAUAAAAAAGCGAACUAAGUUACUGUGUUAUAUUGAAUUGAAAUACAUUUCUAAUCAAUGUCAAAA